AUGAGAAUUGAAAAAUGCUGGUUCUGUUCUGCGAAUAUCUAUCCAGGAAAGGGAACUGUUUUUGUACGCGGUGAUAGCACCGUAUUCAACUUCUGCAGAUCAAAAUGCCACAAGUUGUUCAAACUGAGGAAGAAUCCACGAAAAGUCAAAUGGACCAAGAUCAGCAGAAUUCUGCGAGGAAAGGACGUUGUGGACGACAGAAUUGCACAGUUUGAGCGUAGAAUGGAUGAGCCAAUGAUGUACAACAGAGCAAGAAUGGCACAGGUUGUAGAAGCAAUACCACUGGUGAUUGAGAAGAAGCAGCAGAUUGAUAGAGCAGCCACAGUUGAUAGAAUCAUGAAGGCAAAGGAGCAAUCAAAGAUGCAUGAUCUGGCAUUUAUGACUAAGAAUGAGAGACUGUUGCAAAACGACUACGAGAAGCUAAGAAGGAGAAUUGUGAAGAAGAAGGCCGAAAAGAGGACAGAGCCUAUGUUAAACUAA